CAAGAUGCUUUGUAUAAGGCUGAUGACUUGCUGGAUGAACUCUCCACUAAAGCCGCCACUGCCACUCAAAGAGAUCCAGUUGAGAAAAUGUUUAAGGCUAAAGAUGCUUCCGAGCUGCAUGCAAGAUCUUGUGAACCUUUGCCACCUUGAUAUUCGAGGGGCUUCUCGUCUGAAAGAGAUGCCAAAGGGAAUGAGCAAGUUAAAGCAUCUAAACUUCUUAAGUGAUUAUAUCGUCAGCGAGCAAGAAGAGAAUGGGAUGCGAGAAUUGGGAACAUUGGACAAUCUUCAUGGCUCAUUUUGCAUUUCCAACUUGGAGAAUGUCAAGAAUAGUGGUGAAGCUUUGAAGGCAAAGAUGGGUAACAAAAUGCACAUCAACACUUUAAAACUGAAAUGGGUUCCAGAUGGUGACAUUGAUGAUAUUGGAAUCGAAAGAGAUAUACUUGACAAGUUGCAACCUCAUGAAAACUUGAAUAAGUUAUCAAUUAAGGGUUAUCCGGGUGAAAGAUUCCCAGAUUGGUUAGGCUUUUCUUGCUACUCCAAUAUGACCAAAUUGAGUCUGGAUUGUUGUAUGAAUUGUUGUGAGCUUCCUUCACUGGGACAGUUACCCUCUUUACAGCAUUUGGAGUUUUCUGAUCUUGAUCGGUUGGACAAGAUUGGUUUGGAGUUUUACAACAAAAAUAACGGAUCAUUUCAGCAGGAGACACCCUUCAAAUCUCUCGAAACUCUGAAGAUUGAGUAUAUGUAUUGUUGGCGGGAGUGGCAUUUUCCUGAUGAGUUUGAUGGUUUUCCUCAGCUUAGAAUCCUUGAAAUAAGAAACUGUCCUGUGUUAAGUGGAGAUCUGCCUGCUCACCUUCCGGCUCUGGAGGAAUUUACAAUUGAUAGAUGUUCAGAGCUUGCAUGUUCGCUGCCGAGAGCUCCCAAGCUUCAGCAAUUAUAUCUAGAGAGUUCUCCGGUUUUUACGAAUAAUGGUGAACCGCAGAAGGUAGUAAUUUCAGAAACCCAGCUGGCGCAGUCUGUAUUGGAGUACCUGCCCCACAUUCAACCCUCAAGUGUCCAAUGUCUGGAAAUCAAGGACUGUCGGUCAGCGAUAUCAAUUUCAGCAGAUUAUUUGCCCUCUUCAUUACAAUAUCUGAGAAUAUCUGACUGUUCAAAAUUAACAUUCUUAGAUCAACUGCAACACAAGUCUCUAAGGGAGUUAUAUGUAGAGGCUUGUGAUUCACUGAAGUUGCUUCCAUUGGGGGACUUUCCAAAUCUCAAGAAACUCAUGAUCAGUAAAUGCCAAAGCAUGGAAUGUGUUGUGGUGCCACAGGCUCUUCCAAGUCUCCAAUAUUUAAGCAUCUCAGAGUGUCCCAGUUUAGUAUCCUUGCCGGCACUAACGUUGACUGUUCCCCAGCUAGAGGAGCUGCAUAUAUGUGAUUGCCCAGAAAUCAAUUGCUUUGCUGAGGAGUUCCUCCCGCCAAGUUUGAAAACACUUGAAGUCACUAAGUGCCAAAAACUAGCAAGUUGGAUAACAUCAAAGGGUUUGCAGAGUGAAGGCCUUACCCAUCUUUGGCUUGGUCCAUGCUUUGAUGUAAAAUCGUUCCCAAGAGAGGGUUGCCUUCCUGCUUCUCUUCAGGCUCUAAAAUUGUCAAACUUUCCAAAUCUGGAGACGCUUGACUGCAAGGGGCUUCACCAUCUUACCUCCCUCAAAAGUUUAGCAAUUACAGAUUGUGAAAAGCUUGAGAAUAUCACAGAAGAGCAUUUGCUUCCCUCCAUAGAACAUAUCUACAUAGGGGAAGAUUGUCCUUUGAGGUGGAAGCUAGCUAGAAGAGAUGGAAGACCCAUGGUUUAAUUCGUUACAGAUAUUCAAAGCAGCUGAUGUGCCCAUAGAGUGGGAAGAGCACUAUGUAGGGACUGAAAUUGACCCUAGAACACAGAGCUUUCUGACAUGGGAAAGUUUGGAAUCAGUUCGACAAAUCCGGGUUGGCUUAAAAGGGCCAAUGGCCACCGCCAUUGGUAAAGGGCAUCAUUCACUGUAUGCAAAUUUUCGUCCCUGCUAUAGCCUUCCUAGCUGCAAAAACACAGGAGAGUAUAGUGGGCCUGAAUAUCAGGUUGUGAGAGGUGUGGUAGAAAGUCUCAAAAUCAUUACACGCCAAGCAAAUUUACGGGUGGCUGAGUAUGCUUUUCACUAUACCAAAGAACAUGGAAGAGAGAGGGUAUCUGCUAUUCACAAGGCCAACAUUAUGCAGAAGACUGAAGGUCUUUUCCUCAAGGGCAGUCGUGAGGUUGCAGAGAAAAGUACCCUGAGAUAAAAUAUGAGGAAGUUGUCAUCGACAAUUGCUGCAUGAUGCUUGUGAAAAAUCCUGCUCUUUUUGCUGUCUAGUGGUGUCAAACCUUUAUGGUAACAUUAUUAGUGACCUUUGUGCUGGCUUAGUUGGGGGUUUGGGUUUGACAGCAAGCUGCAAGAUUGGUGAGGGAGGUAUUGCAUUAGCUGAGGCUGUACAUGGUUCAGCACCUGAUAUUGCUGGAAAGAAUUUGGCAAAUCCAACUGCUUUACUGCUGAGUUGUGUUUCGAUAUUGCGCCAUUUGAAUCUCCAUGACAAAGUGGACCAAAUUCAAAAUGCCAUCCUCAACACAAUUGCAGAAGGGAAGUACCGAACUGCUGAUCUUGGAGGCAAAGCAAGGACAACC